AUGAUUUCCAUAUCCGUGCUUGCUAUCUCCUUCGACCCGGACAUCCAUCACAGCGUGUCGACAAUCCGCCACAAUGACCUUUUUCGGCUAGCAUUCAAUCAGUAUGACUAUUAUCCCUGCGGGCUUGGGACGGAUAUUGUCAAAUUCAUCCUCGGCCUCAACGGACCUGAAGAUUACGCGGAGAUGGCUCAACUUGUUCGCAAAAUUACGGGCCCCACAAAUUGGUUUUGUCUGCUAUACAAGAUUCAGGGCGCAACGGCGUUGCCCGCUAUUCAGAGUGGAAUUCUGAAGCACAUGGUUGAAAGUAUUGAUUUCCUCGAGGAUGGUAUUUUCUGCGAGUGGGCGUAUUUCAUCGACUUCGAGAACCAGACACUGGAGAUUUGGACCUUUGGACAGCAUGUGGCCGAUGCGAGCUUCCGGGACUAA